AUGGGCACUUAUGUAGAAGUGAAGAGUAAGAGUAGCUUAGAGUAUAGCUUGCUCAUUUCACAAAAUACAAGACAGGCAUCUCGUCGACGGAUCUUUUCCUUGGAUGUUGUUUUAUUAGAUAUCUUUGGGCAGUCAGUAAACAAGGAACUAGAGGUCGUUGCAUCACUCUUGUAUGCUUUUAAUUGGUUACCCGUUAAGAAGAUAAAUGGUGAAGAACCUCCUCUUCUAGUUAGCUGUGAUGGUAUUGAAUUUGCCUCUUCUGACCGACCUAAUAAACUAUCAAAGGGGCGGGCAUCCUUUAAACUGAAGAUCUCCAAGGUGGUAUUGUCGGGUAAUGGAUUUCAAUCAUUUGGCUUAGAUUAUAUUUCUUGUGAACCUAAGCACAAUACUGUAGAUGAAGCAGAACUCAGUCCAACAUCGAAGAGAGUUGGAUUGGGAGAAGCAAAGAUUUCUAACAUAGACCAACACAGUGAAGAAUGCAACACUAUUAUCUCGAAUCACAAUCAGGCUGAGAAUGGUUUUGGGUCAAGAUCAGAGGCGAGAGUUGAGAGUUUUGAAGAAGUGAACACUUCCCUACCUGAUUCAGGGAUCACUGGGGCCCAUGAUUCAGCUUUAAAGGGUGUGUCAAUUAGGGGGCAUUCAGUUUCGGAUGUAACAACUUUUAGGUACUGCCUGGGGGGCUUGACCGAUAGGUCUCUUUUACUCAAGGAAAUUGCAACUGUUUCGAAUGAAGAAAUUUCAGGCUUUGCAGAACAGGUUUCCGUCUACUCCGGAUGUUCUCAUCAUAGACGUCAAAUAAAUAUGGCAAAGAGAUUGAUAGAUGAGGGAACAAUAGCCUGGAAUUCGAUAUCACAAAACAACCUUCAAGUUCAAUGGGAGGGAGGGAGGGAGGGAGGAAGGGAGGGAGGGAAAAGAAAAGAAAAGAAAAAACCCAGAAUCAAAUAUCUUUAUUUUCAGUUUCUCUCAAAUGCAAUGUGGAACUCUACAUCGCCAAAGUGGAUAGAAGGGUUUAUAACAAAGGAAGAAGCUGAACUAUCACUUCAAGAUCCGAGAGGCCUGCAUGAGCCUGGGACAUUUAUACUUAGGUUUCCUACUUCAAGGAGUUGGCCCCACCCAGACGCUGGUAGCUUAGUUGUGACAUAUGUUGGCAGUGAUUACACUAUCCAUCACCGGCUGCUUUCUCUCGAUAAUGUAUAUAGGUGCUUGUUUCUUGCUUUAUCAAAUUUCAUUGUUGUCUUAAUUUUGAACUGUUAUUAA